AUGGUAGCUGCUGCUCAGUUUGGAGGUCUAAGAGACAACCACAGUCUGUUGGGUGAGAAAAAUAAAUUAUUAGUGGCGAACAGAGGUGAAAUUCCAAUUAGAAUCUUUAGAUCCGCUCAUGAAUUGUCUAUGAGAACUGUUGCGAUUUAUUCGCAUCAAGAUAAAUUAUCAAUGCAUAGAUUGAAAGCAGAUGAAUCCUAUGUUAUUGGCCGUGAAGGUGAAUAUACCCCAGUUGGUGCUUAUCUGGCAAUUGAUGAAAUUAUCGAUAUAGCUAAAAAACAUGGUGUCGAUUUCAUUCAUCCUGGUUAUGGGUUCCUAUCAGAAAAUGCAGAAUUCGCGGCUAAAGUUAUUGACGCAGGUAUCACUUGGAUUGGUCCUCCCCCAGAGGUUAUCAAUUCUGUCGGUGACAAAGUCUCAGCAAGAAACUUAGCGGCUAAAGCUAACGUCCCUACCGUUCCUGGUACCCCAGGUCCAAUUGAAACAGUAGAAGAAGCAAAAAAUUUUGUAAAAGAAUAUGGAUACCCAGUAAUAAUUAAAGCUGCAUUCGGUGGUGGUGGUAGAGGUAUGAGAGUCGUAAGAGAAGGUGAUGACAUUGUCGAUGCAUUUAAUAGAGCAAAGUCUGAAGCUGUUACUGCCUUUGGAAAUGGUACCUGUUUUAUCGAAAGAUUCUUGGAUAAACCAAAGCAUAUAGAAGUUCAAUUAUUAGCUGAUAAUUACGGUAACGUUGUGCAUCUUUUUGAAAGAGACUGUUCCGUUCAAAGAAGACACCAAAAAGUUGUAGAAGUUGCCCCAGCAAAGACUUUACCAAUCGAAGUACGUAACGCUAUCUUGACAGACGCUGUUAGAUUGGCUAAAGAAGCUGGUUAUCAAAAUGCUGGUACAGCUGAAUUCUUAGUCGACAACCAAAAUAGACAUUAUUUCAUUGAAAUUAAUCCAAGAAUUCAAGUCGAACAUACUAUCACUGAAGAAAUUACAGGUAUUGAUAUCGUAGCAGCACAAGUUCAAAUAGCUGCUGGUGCAUCUUUAGAACAAUUGGGAUUACUUCAAGAUAGAAUUGUCACCAGAGGUUUUGCUAUUCAAUGUCGUAUUACUACAGAGGAUCCAAGCAAAAACUUCCAACCUGAUACAGGUAGAUUAGAGGUUUACCGUUCCUCAGGUGGUAAUGGUGUCAGAUUAGACGGUGGUAACGCAUUUGCAGGUGCAAUCAUUUCACCUCAUUAUGAUUCUAUGUUGGUCAAAUGUACCUGUACUGGUUCAACUUAUGAAAUUGUAAGACGUAAAAUGCUGAGAGCUUUAAUCGAAUUCAGAAUCAGAGGUGUAAAGACCAACAUUCCAUUUUUGUUGACGUUAUUAAUGCAUCCAGUCUUCAUUAAUGGUGAUUAUUGGACUACAUUUAUCGAUGAUACUCCACAGUUGUUCAAGAUGGUUUCAUCGCAAAACAGAGCUCAAAAAUUGUUACAAUAUUUGGCAGACUUAUCUGUUAACGGUUCGUCAAUCAAAGGUCAAAUUGGUGUACCAAAGUUGACUACAAACCCAAAUAUUCCAUUAUUACAUAACAGGGAAGGUGAUGUUAUUGAUGUUAUCAACACCACACCUCCUUCUGGAUGGAGACAAGUUCUAUUGGAAAAAGGUCCUGAAGAAUUUGCUAAACAAAUCAGAAAGUUUGAUGGUACUUUGAUCAUGGAUACAACCUGGAGAGAUGCUCACCAAUCUUUAUUGGCUACUAGAGUUAGAACUCAUGAUUUAGUUACAAUUGCUCCAACUACUGCUCAUGCAUUAGCUGGUGCUUUUGCUUUAGAGUGUUGGGGUGGUGCUACCUUUGACGUUGCUAUGAGAUUCUUACAUGAAGAUCCAUGGGAACGUUUAAGAAAGUUAAGAAAGCUGGUUCCAAAUAUUCCUUUCCAAAUGUUGCUACGUGGUGCCAAUGGUGUUGCUUACUCAUCUCUACCAGAUAAUGCCAUUGAUCAUUUUGUUAAACAGGCUAAGGAAAAUGGUGUUGAUAUCUUCAGAGUUUUCGAUGCUUUGAAUGAUUUAGAACAAUUGAAGGUUGGUGUUGAUGCUGUUAAAAAGGCUGGCGGUGUUGUUGAAGCUACUAUUUGUUACUCUGGUGAUAUGUUACAACCAGGUAAAAAAUAUAAUUUAGAUUACUACUUGGAAAUUUCAGAAAAGGUAGUAAAGAUGGGUACUCAUAUCUUAGGUAUCAAAGAUAUGGCAGGUACUAUGAAGCCUGCCGCUGCAAAAUUAUUGAUUGGUUCCUUAAGAGCUAAAUAUCCAGAGUUACCAAUUCAUGUCCAUUCCCAUGAUUCUGCUGGUACAGCAGUUACCUCCAUGGCAACAUGUGCUUUGGUCGGUGCUGAUAUCGUUGAUGUUGCUACUAACUCUAUGUCUGGUAUGACAUCUCAAGGUUCAAUCAACGCUUUAUUAGCUUCCUUAGACGGUGAAAUCAACACUAACAUCGAUGCUCGUCAUGUCAGAGAAUUAGAUGCAUACUGGGCGGAAAUGAGAUUACUAUACUCAUGUUUCGAAGCUGAUUUGAAGGGUCCAGAUCCAGAAGUGUACGAACACGAAAUUCCAGGUGGUCAAUUGACUAAUUUAUUAUUCCAAGCUCAACAAUUAGGUCUAGGUGAACAAUGGACUGAAACUAAGAGGGCCUACAGAGAAGCUAACCACUUAUUAGGUGAUAUUGUUAAGGUUACUCCUACCUCUAAAGUUGUUGGUGAUUUGGCCCAAUUCAUGGUUUCAAAUAAAUUGAACUCUGAUGAUGUUAGAAGACUAGCUAACUCUCUAGAUUUUCCAGAUUCUGUCAUGGACUUUUUUGAAGGUUUAAUUGGUCAACCAUAUGGUGGAUUCCCAGAACCAUUGAGAAGUGAUGUUUUGAGAAACAAGAGAAGAAAGUUGACAUCUCGUCCAGGUUUAGAAUUGUCUCCAUUUGAUUUGGAAAAAAUCAAAGAAGAUUUAGAAUCAAGAUUUGGUGACAUCAAUGAGUGUGAUGUUGCUUCCUAUAACAUGUAUCCAAAGGUUUACGAAGACUUCCAAAAGAUGAAAGAAAGAUUUGGUGAUCUGUCUGUAUUACCAACCAAGAACUUUUUGGCACCUCCUGUUAUCGGUGAAGAAAUUGAAGUCACAAUUGAAAAAGGUAAGACUUUGAUCAUGAAGUUGCAAGCUGUCGGUGACUUGAACAAAGACACUGGUACCAGAGAAGUAUACUUUGAAUUAAAUGGUGAAUUAAGAAAAAUCCCUGUCGUUGACAAGUCUCAAAAAGUUGAAGCUGUCUCCAAGCCAAAGGCUGACGUCAAUAAUCCAUUGCAUGUCGGUGCACCAAUGGCUGGUGUCGUCGUUGAGGUCAAGGUCCAUAAGGGUUCGCUAGUCAAGAAGGGUCAACCAAUUGCUGUCUUAAGUGCAAUGAAAAUGGAAAUGGUUAUAUCUGCUACUGCCGAAGGUCAAGUUAAGGAAGUUUUCGUAAAGGAUAGCGAGAACGUCGAAGCCUCUGAUCUAUUGAUAACAUUAGAAAAUCCAGAAGCCGAAGCUAAAUAA